ACUUCUAAACCCCGAAAAACCCGUAUCCAUUGUUGCCUGGCCGCCUGCCCCGCAGUUGCUCCAACUCCGGCCGCCUCUCUCCGCAGUCCAGUCUAUUUCGCCGUCCCUUCCCCGCUUCCCCUCGCGUGCGACUGGCCGCCGUAGCUGGAGAUGGACUCCUCAUCCACCGCAGCGCCGCCGCCGCCUCCCACCGCCGACACGGAGCGCUACACGUACAGCCCGAGGCUGCGGUGGCAGCCGGAGGUGGAGGAGUACUUCGCCGCCGCGUACGGCGCCGACCGAUUCGCCCGCAUAUCCAAAGCCCUCGCGCAUCCUUCUUGUUAUUCUUGUAUUCGUGUCAAUACUCUGAAGUCUUCCACUGAUGCAGUCAUGCGUAAACUUAUGGACUUGGUAUAUGAAAAUGGGCUCUCUGUUCGAAUCAAUGGCUUGGACAUUGGUGAGCAGAAUGGUGGAGACCAAGCUCAUGAAGGGAGCUCUCUGGUCCAUAAGUGCCCAUAUGCUGGCCUUGAAAACGUUUUAUUUGUUCGGGGUUCAGGACCACAUUUGUUGCAUUAUGAUAGCCAACCAGGCCAAUCUGUUAAGGAAGUAAUUGUUAGUCGAAAAUGUGCAGAAUCAGUUCUUCGAGGCGCCCAGGUGUAUAUCCCUGGUGUUUUAGCUUGUAGUUCACAUGUUGAAAAGGGUGAUAAGGUUGCAGUGUCAGUUGCUAUUGAGAAGCCUGUCGAGGAUGGUGGUUGGGUUGUUGGUAUAACACGAGGAACCGUUUUACAGGGAUUGCAAUCAGAUGCACAUUAUGAAGAAAGGAAGGGUUUGUACAUUGGUCAAGGGAUCACUGCAAUGUCAAGGGCUGGAAUAUUUCGUGUUACUCAUGGGAUUGCUGUAGAGAUGACUGAUAGGGUAUACAAGCUCCCAUCUUUCAAUGAUGUGCUUGAAGGGGAGAUAUUUCUUCAAAAUUUACCAAGCAUUGUGGCUGCUCGUGUCCUUGAUCCCCAGCCAGGAGAGCGAAUACUGGAUAUGUGUGCUGCUCCGGGAGGAAAAACAACAGCAAUUGCUAUCCUUAUGAGGGACAAAGGAGAAGUUGUUGCCCUUGAUAGAUCUCACAAUAAGGUGAUGGAUAUUUUGAAGUUGGCUGCUGAGAUGGACUUGAAUUGUAUUAAAGCUUAUAAACUUGAUGCUCUCAAAUCUGUACGGAAGACUACCGAGGGAAGAAAUCAUGGCAUGGCAGAUAAUCACAGUGAAGCAAUUGAAACAAUGGCAGAGGACUCCGACUCUUGCCAUAUCACAGUAGAUGUCUGGGCCACUAAUGCUGGUGAAGACAACUCAACAGCAACAAUAGUGCAGUCUGGUCAGGAGCAUGCAGUAGAUGACAAAAGAUAUGCUAGCAAGGCAGACCUCAGGAAGAAUUUAAGGCGAAUGAAGAAUGGACCAGGAAGAAAUAAUUGCUCUGGUGAUAGAGUUGAAAAAUCAAAGGGAUUUUUUCCUAACAGCUUUGAUCGUGUCCUCCUUGAUGCUCCAUGUUCUGCACUUGGUUUGAGACCCCGUCUCUUUGCUAGCAUGGAAACUCUAGAAUCGCUGAAAAAUCAUGCGAAGUAUCAGAGGAAAAUGUUCGAUCAAGCUGUCAAGCUAGUUCGCCCUGGUGGGGUGAUUGUUUAUUCAACGUGUACUAUAAAUCCAGGAGAGAAUGAGGCUUUGGUGAGAUAUGCAUUGGAUACGUACAAAUUUCUGUCACUAGUAUCACAGGUGAUUUCCAUUAUUUGCAGCUCUUUGCUGGGGAGUGGAAUAAUGGCAUCCAAAAGUUGGAGGGCCUGGUAUUGUUGGUUCGUGUGAGCUGUACAACAAGACAUAUACUGAGGAAUGGUUGACAGAGCAUGAAGCUGAACUUGUUCAGAGGUUUGAUCCAUCGUCAUCACUGGAUACCAUUGGUUUCUUCAUUGCUAAAUUCAACGUUGGGCAGAGAGAGAAUUAAACGGAAGGGAUGAAAGUAUUUGUGUUCCAAUUUCACAUGCAACUCGUGCCACAUCAGCAUUCAACUUACACCUGGAAUGUAUUUACUGAGUAUUUUUGAACAAGUGAAAACCAAACCUGUGGAGCGGACUGCAGCUGUUACACCUGGAAUUUUGUUGUCUGCUGUACCAUUUCAUUUUUAUUUGUCUGAUGAACUAAUAUUUGUUAAAAUGACAUGACAAGGUGAAUCCACAGUUGAACAUGAUACAGAAAAUUUCGGUUUUUGAGCUUGUCGGAUUACAUCUGAGGGUGGUAGUAGAAGUGUAAAGUUUGGAGUUGGUCUUGGUAGGCCUUUGCAUGUUUUGAUUUUUUUCUUCUAUCUAAGCUGGCGACUGUGUAACUACCAAUUUUCAGACUUUUCAUAUGAGACAUGUAGCUUUUAUUUGCUGUGAAA